UGUCUUGGUCAACGGCCGCUAACCAUGAGUCUUUUCAUAUUGUGACUAUCAUGGCGAACAGCCCAACAAUGACUGACCAGCAGACUCGGACAGUCAUGCGGUCCUCGAGGACGUCGAUUUAAAGUCCUUGUCGCCCAGCCCAUACCGACGGCCUCUUGCUUAGCAUCACAAUCAGCUCAAGCAUUGUUUCAAUACGUUUCUUUUCCUCUCAGGCUUGACAACAACACAGCACCACAAAGCACAGACCUCCAAGCCGAACAAGAAGAUAAGCAGUCCCAUAACCAUGUCUUCAACAAACGUAGCGCUCGAGAACACUGACUACGACCCAGCCUGGGACACCGUCCUCUUCGACGAAUGCGUGCUGCUCGACGAGAUCGAGGCGCACCCCAUGCUCUGCCAGGACUGCAAAAUGAGGCUGGUCCAACUAAUCGAAGUCGCCUUCAAGCAUCGCCUCAAAACCGAGCCCUCCCUCUCCAUCCCCACGGGAUCACACAUCCGCGCCCUCUUCCGCCUCCCCGCGGCCGAGUUCCAAGAGCUCCCCGCCCGCCCACGGCUCUGGUUCAAAACCUCCCUCACCGCCAACGGCGAACCCUUCUUCGCAGCCAAAUGGAUCAAGCAGAUGCUCCGGCCCGACUGGUACAACUCUCUGGUCGAAGACACCGUCUUUGCCCUUUGCUCCGCCUCCGCCCCGGCCUAUGAAUCAGGCCAAGCCCCGCCCGACGCCUGGACCCCGGACCAAUGCAAGCUCUGGUUCACGCUGCGCGGGCGGUACACGAUCCAGGACGCGCGGCUGGGGCGGUCGUUGGCUGACUUUCUGCAUUGUCAUUUGAUGAUGCUCAACAGCGCGCUGGGGUACCCGGGCCACUGGGCCGAGCACGAAUGUGGCGGCCGCUGCUACCCCCGCGUGCCAGGGGACGCAUAUUAUCCGUACGGGGGAGACGUGAAGAGACAGACGGCGGCGGUGUUCGCGUCGGCUAUGAAGUAUGCUGACGAGCAGCUCGAGCCCGUGGUUGGUCGGUUGUUUGCGGAGCGGUUGCGGCAGACUGGGCAGGAUGAUGCCAUGCGCUGCAUGGCGGGGUUGGAGCAGGAGCCGUACUUCAAGGCCCGGUUGGAGGCGGCGGUGAAUUUCUCGAGUGUUGAGAAGCUUGAGGAAAUGGCGGAGGAGAGAGUGGCUGGUUGGCGGCGGGAUAUUGCUGCGCGGCGGGAGACUGGGGGAGGGGAGGUCACUGCUUUGGACUUUGAGGACCUGUAUGAGCCUAUUGAUGGGUCCAUCACCAUUAGGUACGACCCCAGCGAUCCGGAAGUCAUCAAUGCAUUCGCGCUGUCGUUGAUGAAUCAUCUUGUGUGUGAUAUAGUGGGUUGGGAUGGUGAACCCGGACACAGGAGAGCCGGUCGUUGGGUCGUUCGAGAGCGCUGA